AUUUAUCAGAUUUUGAGAUUUGUAUAAUUGCAAAAAUGGGCCAUCCUUUUGUUUACAUCUCAAAAAGACCUAUUUAGAAAACAGCAAUUACUAAAAUCAGCUGGAUCGCUGUAAUUCAACGCAAUGGGACACAAUAAAGUGUGCUGUCGAUUAUUAAAACUGCUUUUAAGAAAACAGGUUACAACUGGACCGAAGAUAACGUUAUUUUUACACAGCAAUGUGUCCCAUUCGUCUGUGCGUUCAAUUUCAACAUGUUGUAGCAAUCUGAAGCUACAUCACAGCCAGCCAAAAGCAGUCUCAUCGCCACAACACGCUGAGUUGUUCGUAGCCUCGCUUCGAAAGUCUGAUCGCAUGAUUCUCGAGGAAGCGUUGAUAAAAUACAAUUCGGCGAGUAAAGGUUUGUGUUUUUGUCUGAUUUGCCAACAAUGAAGGAUUAUACAAAUAAAUUGAACAAUGUUUUAUCGUAGGGCUUAUUUAUGUGCAGGCAAAAUCGUGUGUCAUAUUAAUUUUAAGGGCUAGCUGUUACAUAUUACUGUAAUUAGUUACAUUUUAACCUGAAAUUGUAACAUUUAGAUCUCCAAUUGUAACAUAAUCCCCCCCCCCCCUUUGUAUAUGCAGAAUUUUUAAUAUCUUACGUUUCCUCUUGUAUGUAAACAGUACUAACCUUGCUUUGUCAUUUUAUUCUGUACAUUCUGUACUUUGAAGACUUUCUAGCCAUGAAGCCACAAUGCAUGCUCUAAUUAAUGCAUCCUAUUUUGUUAUUUUAUGCUGUUCAAUGCACAACUGUUUUACUUCAAUUUAAUUCCCUUGUCUUUCAGAUCAACAAACUGUACAGCCUCCCACAAUUAAUCAGCUCAAAUUAGGUAAGCAGUAUAUUCGGAAAUCCUAAUUUAAACAAGAUAAACACUUUUAUGUAUUCUAUGCUUAUAAUAACCCUUUAAGUGGAAUACACCCAGAUGCACCCUACUUUAUUAUUUCACUCUGUCUAAUGCCAGACGAUUUUACUCAUCAACGAGAGAGUGUUGCCACUCAUUGUGUUAAUCAGACUAUCUGCUCAUGCAUAUUCAUCAUGUUAGCCCUUUAAGUAGCAAUGUGCCCUGAUGUGGCCCACUUUAUUAUCUUACUCUGUCUAACGCCAGACAAUUUUACUCGUCAAGGGGAGAGUGCUGCCACUCAAUGGAUUAAAUUUGAUUUUGUAAUGCAACAAAGAUGAUGUGUUAUUAUUUAAUUUUUAGCUGCAUAUCACACAGCUAUUCCUUUCAUGGGAUUUGGUUUUUUGGAUAAUGCAAUUAUGAUUAUUGCUGUAAGUAUAAUGGUCGGUGCAAUUCCAAAGUAAUCUUCGAGAGACUGAACAAUGAUAUUUGGAUAUCUUUCAGGGAGAAUAUAUAGAAAUCAAAAUUGGUGUGGCAUUUGGAAUAUCCACCAUGGCUGGUAAAAUUAAUGCACAGGUUGUAACAAACCUGCAACAGACUUGUAGCAAUGCUGUUCCAACAACUUUGUCAACAGGAUGUGUUCGCACUGCUUGUUCCCAGCUUGUUGACAACUUGCUACAAGAUUAUUAAGCUCAACAGACUUGUUACAAGUUGUUCCAACAACUUGUUAUCAUCCUACAAUUCAACAAUUUGUCAACAAGUUGCGAGUGGCAACCUUGUAGCAACUUGAUAAAAUAACAGCAUUGUUACACUUGUUGACAAGCUUGCUACAAGCCUGCAUGUUGUGUAUGCAUCUUGCUGACAACUGACAAUUUUCAUUGUCACUACCGUUGUGAGCCUUAUAGAUUGAUCAAUCUUUUUUAGCUGCAGCGCUCGGAAACAUUGUAUCUGAUGUAUCUGGCUUAGGGUAUGUAUCAUUUCAAUAGUGCUAAUUCUUAGAUGUCUCCUAUCCAAUAGAAUGAAGGAAGAUAGAUAUACUAUAUAUACAAGUACUGUAGAUGAAUAACGUUGUAUAUUAUUGUAUAGUUUGGCUGGUUAUGUUGAGUCACUGACAACUAAACUUGGUUUUGAAGGACCACAAAUGAAUUCAGCUCAACUUCAAAUGACAAGAACUGUAGUCGCAACAAACUUGGUAAAUCAAAUAUCUCUAUUGGUUGUUUAAUUUUCUCCCAAAAAAGUCCUGUAAGAGCUGUCAAUCAUUGCUCUAGUGUUACAACAGGAGGAAAACAAAACCUGCGGGGCUCGGUAGAGUCAGAGUGGAAGCGCUGUCCUCAUGAAAUUCUAGUCAGUGAACUGCUUAUUACAAGAAUCAAACUGUGGUCACAGAAGUGAAUUCUACGACUAGUCAUUUACAAUUGACAUUCUGGCGUAUGAAACUGAUUGCUAAUGCCACUAUUCUUGUUCAUCAGUUUAUGGCAAAAUUUGACAUCCAAUUUACAUGCAUUUACUUGAGUACAUACGUCAGGAUAAGAAUCGUAUAUGGCUAGUCAUAUUGUGUGGUCAUAUUGUGUAGUCAUACAUGGGCCUUUAGGAACUUAAAUUCUUAACUGCGGAAUAAACUAAAGCAAUAAUUAUCUGAGUGUCUAAACAAUGAUUUGUUUUAUCUUUGCAGGGACGUGGUAUUGGCAUUAUCGUAGGCUGUAUUUUAGGAAUGUUUCCGCUUCUAUUUUAUAAAGAACCUGACAAUGACAAACUUGAACCGCCAGAUGAUUCGAGUAAAACAUAAUUGACUAGAUUCUAGAAUAUGUAAUCAGCUAACUGAGAUAUAAACUCGAACGUAGGUAGUGACAAUCACACCAGAAUUCUGCAUAUUGAGAUUGUUUCAACAACCUAAAAGUACAAGUAAAACUUCAACGUUUCGAGCGAAAGCCCUUCUAACUUCCCAGGGGCCUUCGAUCGAAACGUCAUAGUUUUACUUGUAUAUAAAAACCAAUACCAGCCGACAAUUUCAAAAUGUAUAAUACAAAACAUAAUCCGAAGAUAAGCAUCUUGAAACCCAAAAUAUGAGUCAAACAAGAAAGUGAGUGAGUCAUAUUUGAGUCAUAGAGAGUGAGUCAUAUUGACUCAUAUUUUGGGUUUCAAGAUGGUUAUCUUCGGAUUAUGUUUUGUAUUAUAUUACUUGUAUAUUUCAGGUAUGUAGCUGUAUCAUUCUCAAUCCAGAAAUGUGUGAAUUGGAUCAUAGCAGGCAUAGAAUUUUUAGCUGAUUAUAUCUACAAUGCUAAUAGGAAAUUGUAUUUUAACAAAAUUAUUUAAGAAUAUUAACCCAUUAGGUUGCCACUUAAAGGGUUAAGUUAUUAGUGUAUUUAUUUUUAGGCAUAGAAUUUAACUCGAAUAUUUUAACAUUUGAAAAAUUAUUAUUUUCAAAAAAAUGUAUGUAUAUAUGCAUAGCAUAGAAAAAUAGGAUUAUUAAAUAUUGCCAAGAUGUGUUAGUGGUGCAUAGUUAGUUUAUCAAAGUGCUACAACAUUCCCCAAGUCGAUAUACGUCAAAUGGUUUAAUGUUCCUGUUAUAUAUUUAACCAUUUUGCCAACUGCAAAAACAUUUCACACAUUAUAUAAAUACAAAAUAUGUAUCACAGAAUUACACAGGCUUUCUACAAACCAAUUAAAAUGACAUGGCAAGGAAACCAUUAUAUGGGACAAAAGCUUUCCAACUUGACAUAAACUUGCAGAAACUCUUGUAUGGCACAACAGCUAAGCUUUAUCAAUGGUAUACCCUGGCCGCAAGCUCUGUAACACUUUUUAUCCUCAUGUGUACAUCAUUUCGGCCAUCUGUGACAUAGGUUUAGGAAUAUGUAACAACUGAUCAAAAUACGCCGCUAGUUCCUCGGGUGUUGUGUCGUCCAUGUUUAACGAGUCAGAAACCUUCACAUUUGCUCCGUUUCUAAACUGUUCUCCGCAACCCUGCAAACGGUGCCGAGAACUGUUUAGGGCAGAGGCCGUUCUCUGUGGUUCAUUUUGUGGCAAAGAAUCAUUCAGUUCUUUUACCGACAAGUUUUUGUCUGUUUUAUUUUCGGUUCUUUUAAUUGUACUUGUAAAAAUGAAAGUAGGAUCUUUUAAGAUUUUCCUCCGUUUGUGUUUUUCAGGUAAACGUCCAGAAUUUUUAGGUCGUUGUUUUAUUGUCUUUACUUUUCUUGCUUGAGUUGGCAUUUUCUUUCUGCA